AUGUUUCUGUUCCUCCCCUACCUUUAUCCAAGGAAGAAAAAGAACAAUCUCUCUGAAUUUAAUAAAAUCUUGCGUCGCCUCUUGUGCCAUACCUCCCCCUUACUCUUCCUGUCAUUUACUUUAUCCCUAGGGAUACCUCCCUACUCUCUCUGUCUAUCUAUCUAUCUAUCUAUCUAUCUAUCUAUCUAUCCAAGAGUUCCUAGUCUACUUUACUGUUUAAUCUAUAAUCUAUAUAUCGUCCUUCUUGCAUUCCUUCCUUUUUGCCUUCCAUCCUUCCUUCCUUCUUGCCUUACUUCCUUCUUUCUUUCCUUUCUUCCUUCCUUCCUUCCAACCUUUCUUUCUUUCCAAGCUUCCUUAUUUGCGCCAGCUUCUUAUACCCAAAGCCUUUCCUUUCAAACUCUUUCCUUCCUCCCUUUUAAUUCCUUCCUUUUUCCCCCAGCUCAUUUCCUUCCUUUUUUCCUUCUUUCUUUCCAAACCUUUUCCUUCAUUAAUCAUUACAGCCUUCCUACCUUAAUCCUUUCAGCCUUCCUACCUUAA